AUGGCGCCGCCGUCGGUGUCCGCCUCCCACCUCCUCAUCACCGCCUCGCUCCCAAAGCCGAAGCCUUCCAGCCUCCGCCCGCCACGGCUCCCUCUCGCCAAGCCCGUCCCCGCAGCGGCGGCGCUCCUCGCUCUCGCCGCCUCGCCAGCGCUCGCCGCCGACGCGCCUGCCCCCGCCCCGGCCCCGAUCCCCGCCCCCGCGCCGGCGCCCGAGCUCCAGGCCGAGGCGCCCACGCCGACCGCCAACCCCUUCUCCAGCUCCCUCCUCACGGCGCCCAAGCCCUCCGCGGCCUCCGACCUCCCCGAGGGCGCGCAGUGGCGGUACAGCGAGUUCCUGUCCGCCGUCAAGCGGGGCAAGGUGGAGCGCGUGCGCUUCACCAAGGACGGCGGCCUGCUCCAGCUGACCGCCGUCGACGGCCGCCGCGCCACCGUCGUGGUCCCCAACGACCCGGACCUCAUCGACAUCCUCGCCACCAACGGCGUCGACAUCUCCGUCUCCGAGGGCGAGUCGGCGGGCCCGGGCGGCUUCGUCGCCUUCGUCGGCAACCUCCUCUUCCCGUUCCUCGCCUUCGCGGGCCUCUUCUUCCUCUUCCGCCGCGCGCAGGGCGGGCCCGGCGCUGGCCCCGGCGGGCUCGGCGGGCCCAUGGACUUCGGCCGCUCCAAGAGCAAGUUCCAGGAGGUGCCUGAGACGGGCGUCACCUUCCUCGACGUCGCCGGCGCGGACCAGGCCAAGCUCGAGCUGCAGGAGGUCGUCGAUUUCCUCAAGAACCCCGACAAGUACACCGCGCUCGGAGCCAAGAUCCCCAAGGGAUGCCUCCUCGUCGGACCGCCUGGGACCGGGAAGACCCUCCUCGCGCGUGCCGUCGCUGGGGAGGCUGGGGUGCCCUUCUUCUCCUGCGCGGCCUCUGAGGUGCGCGACCUCUUCGAGAAGGCCAAGGCCAAGGCGCCCUGCAUUGUUUUCAUUGAUGAGAUUGAUGCCGUCGGGAGGCAGCGUGGUGCCGGACUUGGUGGGGGUAAUGAUGAGAGAGAGCAGACCAUUAACCAGCUCUUGACAGAGAUGGAUGGCUUCACUGGCAACAGCGGUGUCAUUGUGCUCGCCGCAACCAACAGGCCUGACGUGCUGGACUCGGCGCUCUUACGGCCAGGGAGGUUCGAUAGGCAGGUCACCGUUGACAGGCCAGAUGUUGCCGGACGCGUCAAGAUUCUUGAGGUCCACUCCCGAGGAAAGGCUUUGGCAAAAGAUGUCGACUUUGAGAAAAUUGCUAGAAGGACCCUGGUUUCACUGGCUGCCAUCCUUGCUGCUCGCCGUGACCUUAAGGAAAUUAGCAAGGAUGAGAUCUCUGAUGCUCUUGAGAGAAUCAUUGCUGGGCCCGAGAAGAAAAAAAUGCUGUUGUUUCUGAGGGGAAGAGGAGGCUUGUCGCUUACCAUGGCUGGGCAUGCCCUUGUCGGUGCCCUCAUGCCAGAGUAUGAUCCGGUAGCCAAGAUUUCCAUCAUUCCUCGUGGCCAGGCUGGUGGACUCACAUUCUUUGCUCCAAGUGAAGAAAGGCUAGAAUCUGGAUUGUACAGCAGGAGCUAUCUUGAGAACCAAAUGGCUGUAGCCCUUGGUGGCAGGUGCUCUUUCGUGAAAGUUUUGUUCGUUCCUGCACCAUUAACUGUUUCUAUUGCGCAUAGUGAUGGACUGUGUCACGUGUCGCAAGACAAAUGGUCGAAAGAUUUGGAUUCAAUGUCAAGCCAGAAGGACUACUCGAUGGCAACCGCGGAUGUCGUGGACGCUGAGGUGAGGGAACUGGUGGAGAAGGCCUACUCUAGAGCAACGCAGAUCAUCACCAAGCACAUCGACAUCCUCCACAAGCUCGCCCAACUCCUGAUCGAGAAGGAGACCGUGGACGGGGAGGAGUUCAUGAGCUUGUUCAUUGACGGCCAGGCCGAGUUGUUUGUCGCUUGA